AUGAAUGCUAUGGAAAACUUGGGCUUUUCAAAGAAAAAGAGCCAAGCCUUCUUUCGGUUGCUUGAUUAUGGCAACCAAAACGACUUAUCCAUCGACGAGCUGGAGCUCUUGGACCUACAGCACCGAAGUUCCAGUGUACAUUUUGCUAUGCCGAACGUCCGAGAGCGUGGCAGGGAACAGGAUGCUGCUGCGAAGAAGGAGGCGCUGGGGGACUUCUAUGCUUUCCUCUCCCGAAAGUUUCGCACACUUGUGGCGGCAUGGCGUCAAGGCUUGGAUGCCGAUGCAGACGGACGUCUAAGAUUUCCUGAGUUCUGCAAUGCCUGCAAAAGGCUAGGAUACAGGGGCAGGCUGAAGACCGUCUGGAGAGCAUUGGACACCAACAACGUUGGAUACUUGACACUUGGUCACAUAGAUCGGGUUGCCGAGGAAGGUUUGGACGACUUCCGAUCUUUCCUCGAGGAUAACUUCCGCACGCUGGACGAUGCAUGGGAGAGGGUGUUCGACAGUGACAAGUCUGGGCGAUGCAAUGAGAGCCACUUCGUGGAUUCUUGCAAGAAGCUGAGAUAUCCCGGCAAUGCGCUCCGUGUGUUCAAGUGGCUGGUUGCAGGAAGACUGGAGAACUCGGAUGUGGGUGGUGUGAGGCGAGAUCUGUACAUAGACGACUUUGAUAUUUUGGGAUUGCGUCGGCGUUCAGAAACCUUGAACCCCACAGCCGAACAGCGUGUCCUGGAGCGUCAAGCGAAGGAUCGGGCCGAAGCAGAGGCCAUGCUUGGCAGGUUUAAGCUUUUCUUGAACCAGAGGUUUGGCAACUUGGUGAGGGCCUGGCGGCAGCGUCUGGACCUGAAUAGAAGCGGCACCGUUCAUUUUACAGAUUUCUGCCAAGCUUGCCGCCACAUGGGCUUUCAAGGCAACCUGAAAGCUUUGUGGCUCUCCUUGGAUUCCGCCGACAAGGGGGAAGUCUGCCUGGACGACCUGGACCCCGAUGCGGUGACCUGCCUGUUGGAUUUCACCCGCCUGCUUCGGAUCUUCUUCGACGACUUAGACUCGAGCUGGUUCGCGGUCCUGGACCCCGAGGCAUCGGGACGAUGCACGAUGGAGGAGUUUGAGCGGGCUUGCAAGGUUUUAGGCUACAUCCGUGAUGCGAAGCAACUCCAGCGGUUCCUUGACAUCUGCAACAACGGGGUCAUCACUAUUGAUGAGCUCGAGGUGCUGGGCCUUCCCAGGGGAUCCAUGGAGGAGGCGCAGGCCAGGGCCAAGGUUCAGCCCAGUGAAGCCCGGGAGGAACUCGACAGGAUUCUCCAGGCUAGAUUCGGUCCGAGUGCUGCGCAGGGUUGGCGCCAAGGGCUCUGCACAGGGCCGCUGGAGCAACAGUGGACCGAAGAAAUGAGUGUGGAGGAGUUCUGCAACCGUUGUCGCCAACUUGGUUUCCAGGGAAAUCUCCUUGCCUUGUGGGCGCAAGUGCACGGCGCAGGUCUCGACCCCGAGCUCUUGCAGGCGCACCAGUUGAUGCUGAUGGGUCGCAAGAGAGCUGGUAUGCGCACCUCCACCGCAGAGAGGCGGAUCCGCCUGGCGGCAUCUGAUCAGGGUGCGUCAAGCCGCAGCAGCACCGCGCAGACAUCGACUCUGAACCUAUUCGAGAAGCCCGUUCGUGACGGGGGAGAGACACAGGUCAAGUUGCUAGGGCGCAUUUCGCUCGUUGACUUCCUACCUGUGCUGCAUAAAGAGCUGCUCCAAUUCCGGAAGAAGGCAAUGGCAAAGUUCCAUUCUGCAGAAGACCUGUGGGCAGUUCUCCUGCAGGAGUGUGGUAGCAGCAGCUGUGGCAGUACCUGUAGUAACAGCAGGAGUCGUAGUCACAGAAGUAUAUUUCGGUCGUCGUCGCAGUCGUGGUGGCGGCGGUGA